CACGACUCCGUUUUUCUUUGUGUCCUAUGAGAGUAUCACUAAAUUACUGCCAAUCAAUCUAAAGGGUCAUACUGUACUUGUGCUGUGAUUAUUUUAAUCUUGCCAGCUUUAGAGGAUGAAAUCUAAAGGCCAAAAGAAAAGAAACAAGCCGAAGAGCGAAUAUUAUGCCAUUUACAAAGGCCGUGUUGAUGAACCAACCAUCUUUUCAUCUUGGGGCGACGCACAUCCACGAGUGAAUGGAUGUGAUGCAGAUCAUCGCGCUUUCCCAACUCUUGAAGAAGCUCGAAACUUCAUGAAUAUACGUGGAGUCAUAGAGCCUAAGGAGAUUUUCAAGGAGGGAGAGGGUGAGACUGCACCACUGCCAGGCAACCAGGCAUUCUAUGCUGUAGCCGAUGGUAAAACUCCUGGUAUUUACGAAUACUACCACGGAGAAUUUGGUGCGGAAGCGAAAGUGAACGAGUUUUCCGGAUCUUGUCAUAAGGCUUUUAGAACGCGAGCCCAGGCGGAAGCUUUCAUUGAGGACUGGAAAGAUACGUAUGCUGAAAUAUGGCGAAGAGAUAUACGCAAGGCACUGGAUCAAGGUCUUAGGCCUGAGAACAUGAAGGUCCAGGUUGAAAAGAUAUUAAGUUCUCAAGAGAGCAGUGAUUUAUCAGAUAAACUCAACGCUUUAAGUGUAAAGGAAGAAUACAGUCGUUUGCAGGUUCAGAGUAACAGCUGAAACUCUCUUCUCAUUUCUCUGAAACCGUGCCAAGAAGAAACCAUUAUAUAGAAUAGUGUGGGAAUAACAUUAUCCGAAAAUAAAACUGCUC